ACCCCAAAAACCCACAACCCCACUUUCUCUCUCCUCUCCCUCCUCCUCUCUCUCUCCUCUCUCUUCCCCUGAGAAACAAGGCCCCCCACCCUCUCAUGGCUACAUUUUCAUGGAAUCGGAGUCAGCUCCGCCUCCUCCUCCUCCUCUCUCUUAUGGCUGGGAUUUCUUUAACCCAUUUGGGUCCAUAGAACACGAGCUCAGUAACACGAGGGUCCAUCGAAGAAGCUCAGAAGAUGACCUGAGGGUAGUCAGAGAAGAGGAAGGAAUACCCGAUUUAGAGGAAGAUUUGGGGGUAGUUGCCGAGCCGCCAGUUUUAGCAGUGGAAGAGGCGGUUCCAUCAGUUUUAGCGGUGAAAGAGGAGGAGGAGGAGGAGGAGGUGGUGGUGAAGGAGAAGGGAUUGACUGUUGUUGAAACGCCUGCAAGGGCUAGAGAGCUGGUCGAGAGUUUGAGAGAUGUUGGGGACCAUUUUAUGAGAGCUUAUGACUCUGGGAAGGAGGUUGGACGAAUGCUUGAGGCUACUAGUGUGCAGUACCAGUCUGGGUUGGAUGAAAUCAAGGAGAACUCAUCUAAAAUCGUCCAUGCCAUAGCAUGGCACCGGUCUUCUUCUUCGUCCCUAUCUUCACCAAACAAGAAUUACUUGGAGUCCAAUUUGAAAGAUGUGACAUGGGGGGAGACCAAAUCUGAUGAUAUUUUAUUCAUUGAUUGUGGAAUGAUAUCAGGUAGUCAUUCCAUGACUCUAGACCGAUUAUAUGCUUGGGAGAAGAAGCUAUACCAUGAAGUGAAGGCUGGAGAGCGUACAAGACGGACUUAUGAACAGAAAAUGUCACAACUGAGGAAUCAGGAAACCAAGGGAGUUGAACAACGUUCUCUGGACAAAACCAGAGCCAUCAUAAGGGAUCUGCACACUCGAAUUUGGGUCGCCAUUCGCUCAGCUGAUUCCAUAUCAAUAAGAAUCCAGAAACUAAGGGAUGAGGAGUUGCACCCCCAACUCACUGAGCUACUCCAUGGCCUUUUGAAGACAUGGAAGAUAAUGUGGGAGUCCCAUCAAACCCAAUAUCAGAUAAUCUCUGAAGUGCAGUCUUUCUCUGGCAAAUUCUGCACUGAUUUGCACCAUAAAGCAACCCUUCAGCUUGAGAUAGAGCUUCAAAACUGGCGCACCAGCUUCUUUGAAUGGGUUUCUGCACAAAAGGCUUAUGUCAAAGCUCUGCAUGGCUGGUUAUCCACAUUCAUAAUCUCAGACCUUAAGUACAACUCGAGGAGCAUGCCUGCAUUUGCUCCCCCAGCUUUGCUGGUUAUAUGUGGUGAUUGGCUACUAGCUCUUGAGAAACUCCAAGACAAGGAUGUGGGUUAUGCCAUGAAAAGCCUUGGAAGAGAGGUUAGAGCUUUGUGGGUGCAGCAAGGAGAAGAGAUUCAGCAAAAGAGGAAGGUCGAGAGCUUAGCGAAAGAGCUUGAUAGAAGGGUCCGGGCAUUGCAAAGAGUGGAAAACAGAAUACUGGAGUCAAAACUUUCAGAUUCGAAAACAGAAGGGGAUUUAAAACAUAGGGUUGAGUACCUAGCUGCGAGGAAGGAGCUGAUAGAGUUGUUUAGAAAGAGGUUGGAUAAUGAUAAAGUAAAACAUUUGGAAUUAGUCCAGGAGACUCAGAAGGCUACAGUAGAGAAAUUAAGGGUCGGUCUCAUGGAAGUAUUUGAGGUGAUGUCAGAGUUUGCAAGGUGUUCUUCAGGGGUUUAUGAGGAGGUUUUGGAGGAAGGGGAGAAGGCGAGGGUGGCGUUCGAUAGAUAUGAUAACCCUUCCAUUGAAGCAGGCCAAGUAAGUUCUUCGGAUGCAGGAUGAAUAGAAAGAUGGUUUGAAGGUUAAGAGGUUCAAGAUUGUUUCUCUAAGGGGGAGAUUGUACACUAGGUGGGAAGAAAGACCUGUGAUGUUGGAGCAAUUGGUGCAGGUGAGCUUGUCAUAAGGCUAUGAACAACGGAUGUUUUUUUUUUUUGCCUUUUUCCCCUUGUAUUAUGUAACAGCGCUGGUCUUUUUUUGGCUUUAUUUGCUUCCCCUGUACCCUAAGGGGUUUGUAAAAAGAAAAUUGCAGGUUGGUAGUUUCUGAUCAUUUCUUAUUUAAUGGUUUUUAUUUA